AUGGAUUCUGGCUACUACGGCUCCUACUAUCCUGGUAACAGGACGCAUAUUGAUUGGAACCAUGUACAGUUUUCCAAUUUCUCAAAUGUUCAGUACUCAAGACCGGAUUUCUCAGACACGGAGGACCAAGAGAGGGACGAGUCCCAAGGCGACAAUGGAUAUCCAUCAUACAUGAGGGUGCCAAUGGAGGCACCCUCACCUCCACCACAAGCAGCUCUCACCAAGAAGGAGAGGAAGAAGCUGAAGAAGCAACAAGAGAGGGCGGCAGCGGCAGCAGCCGAAGCAGCAGCAGCUUUCGUGCCACCCCCAGCACCAGAUCCGCCAGCGGAGGACACAUGGCCUGCACCUGUAUCAUCAUCCAGCAAGAAGAAGGGCAAGAAGGGUAAGAAGAAGGAUCAAAAGACUCUGUUGCCACCUCCACCAGUUCCCCUGCCUCCACCUGUCGAGAAGGACAAGGAGGAGGAGAAGGUUGAGGAGGCGGAGACGAAGUCAGAGGACCCAGAAUCUGCAGAGCCAGAAGAGAAGGCCGAGGAGACACCAGCCGCCGAAGAGGAAACACCAGCGGCAGAAGAAGCUCCCAAGGAGGAGGACAAGGACACCGCGAAGGAAGAAGACGCACCAGCCGAAGAAACACCCACCACAGAAGAAACACCAGCUGCCGAACCUGAAGAGACGCCCGACAAGGAGGAGACAUCAACAGACGAGGCGUCCAAAGAGGAGACCGCCUCAAAAGAGGUACCCACAGAAGAGACUCCCGCAGAAGACACGUCUAAGGAGGAGGCAUCUACAGAAGCCGCGCCCACGGAAGAGGCUCCAAAGGAAGAGGAGUCCAAGGAGGGGGAAGCGUCAACAGAAGAGACAGCGGCCAAAGACGAAGUACCUGCUCCUGAAGAAGCGGCCGCCGAGGACGACAGCACCGCCAAGGCCGAGACUCCUGCAAACGAGGAAAAGGCCCCAGCUGCAGAAGAGACGCCUGCCGAACCCGAGGGGUCAGAAACCCCCAAAGAAGAAGCAGCCGAGAAUGACGACGGUGGUGGUGAGGACGAGACUGCAGCUCCUGUGGAGAAGAAGGCCUUGACGAAAAAGGAGAAGAAGAAGAAGAAGGAGAAAGAGAAGAAAGAGAAGGAAAAGAAGGAGAAGGAGGAGAGAGAGAGGAAAGAGAAGGAAAAGAAAGAGAAGGAAAAGAAGGAAAAAGAGAAGAAGGAGAAGGAGAAGAAAGAGAAGGAAAAGAAGGAAAAGGAGAAAAAGGCUGCUGCAAAAGCUGAAAAGUCUCACCACCACAAGUCGAAACACUCACACUCGUCCAGGGACGCAAAAUCUUCCGAAGACAAGUCAUCCGUCGCCGAAGGCAGCGAGACGGCGGAGAGGAGCGCCCCGGCUGCUGACGCAAAGGAGGAGGACAAGGCGGCCGAAUCUGAUGCGGAGGCCAAACCUGUGGGUGAGGAGUCAUCACCAGCGGACGAGGCAUCUCCGGGUGAUGAUGCAACACCAGAUGAAGCCAAGGCGUCAGAAGAGGAGAAGCCGGCUGAAGAGCCUGCACCCCCCUCAGAGGAAGCUGCUCCUGAGGCAGAGAAGCCUGCUGAUGAUGCCAAGCCUGAAGAGUCCGCUGAGGAGUCUCAACCAGCGGGCGACGCCAAGUCCGAGGAAGAGAAGCCCGCGGACGAAAAGGCUGCUGCAUCGGAAGAGAAGUCUCCCGAGUCAGAAGAGUCCCCUGCAGAGGCGGAUAAGGGGCCCCAAGAGGAGACCGCCGCUGAAGAAGCGAAGCCUACCGAAGAAGCACCCCCGGCUAAGGAGAAGCCUGCUGAAGCAGAUGACAAGCCAGCUGAAGAAGCCCCUACUGCCGAGGCCGCCGCUGAGGAAAAGCCAGCUGAAGAAGCUCCCGCCGCUGUUGCCGACAAAGAGCCUGAACCGGCAGAGAAGCCAUCUGAAGAACCUGCUGCUGCUGAGGCUACUGCUACUGAAGAGAAGCCUGAACCCGCUGCUGCGGCUGCUGCUACCGAUAAGGAGCCUGAACCAGCAGAGGAGAAGCCAACUGAAGAGCCUGCUGUCGAGGCCGCCGCCGAAGAGAAGCCCGCGGAAGAGGCGCCCGCAGCUGAGGAGAAACCUGCCGAAGCAGAGGAGGCACCUGCUGCUGAGGAAAAGCCCACCCAAGCAGACGACAAGCCAGCUGAGGAGAAGUCGGCCGAAGCAGACGAUAAGCCCGCAGCUGAAGAAGCCCCCCCUGCUGCCGAGGCCGCUGCGGCAGAGACCCCGACUGAGGAGAAACCUGCUGAAGGAGACGAUAAGUCAGUCGCAGAGGCACUUGCAGUCGAGGAGAAACCCGCUGAGGAAACACCUGCGGCCGAGGAGAAGUCUGCCGAAGCAGAGGACAAGGCCGUUGAAGAGGCGCCUGCGGUCGAGGAGAAGCCCGCUGACGAAGCUCAACCUGCGGAAGCAGAAAAGCCGGUCGAGUCAGACGACAAGCCAGCUGGAGAGGCGCCCUCGGCUGAGGAGAAGUCCACCGAAGCAGAGGAGAAGCCCGCCGAGGCAAGCAAGCCUGCCGAAGCAGAGGAGACACUAGCUGCUGAGGAAAAGCCCGCCGAAGCAGAAAAGUCAGCUGAAUCAGAUGACAAGCCUUCUGAAGAAGCCAACCCGGCCGAAGCAGGGAAGCCCGCUGAGGAAGCUAAGCCUGCUGAAUCAGAGGAGAAACAUGCCGAAGAAGUCAAGGCGACUGAAGCAGAUGACGAGACCUCUGAAUCAGAUGGCAAGCCGGCCAAGGAAGUCAAGCCAGUCGAAGCAGAGGAUAAGCCGGCUGAAGAAGCCGCCCCCGCUGGAGCUGAUGACAAGCCCACCGAAGAAGCCAAGCCAGCUGAAUCAGAGGAGAAGCCUGCUGAGGAAGCCAAACCGGCUGAAUCAGAGAAACCCGUCAAGGAAUCUACCCCUGCGGAAGCAAACGACAAAUCCCCUGAGGAAGCUAAGCCUGCUGAAUCAGAGGAGAAACCUGCCGAAGAUGCCAAGGCGUCUGAAGCAGAUACCUCUGAAUCAGAUGACAAGCCUGCCGAGGAAGUUAAACCAGCUGAACCAGAGGAGACGCCUUCUGCGGAAGUCGAACCAGUUGAAGAGAACAAAACCGCCAACGACGCUCCUGAGACCGAGGCCAAGUCUAUUGAAGAGAUGAAACCCGAAAAGGAAACAGAACAGCAACCUGAGGCAACCGAACCGCCUGCUGCAGCCGAGACCAAGAAUGCCGAGGAGGAGUCUGCCAAGGCUGAGGAGCCUGUCGAACCAGAGCAAACAGAAUCCGGUGACAAGGCCGAGAGCGAAGAACCCAAGGCUGGGGACAACGCUACCACAGAUGGCAAGACUGCCGGCGAUGAUUCGGAAGAACAGGCCAAAGAAACCGCGUCUCCCGAAGCAAAAGACGAGUCCACCUCGACUACUGACGGGAAAGUUACCGAAGAAGAAGCACCCGCUACAUCGGAUGAUGACCCCGCUGACAAAAAACCACCUGCUACGGAAGACCAACCUCCUGAAGCAGCUGAAGCGGAUGAUGGCAAGGCAGCUCAGGAAGCGAAGGCUGCUGAUGACGAGAAGGUUGAAUCAGAGGUGAAACCCUCAGAGGACGGCAAAUCCACUGAUGGUGAAGCUGCUGGUGAGACCGAGAAAGCUGGAACCGCUGAAGCAGAGGAGCCAAAGGCCACCGAAAAGCCUGACGAGACAUCGGAUUCUGAGUCUGAAGCUGAGUCUGAGGGAAAGGCGGCAACAGCAGAGGCCAAGGAGCCCGAAGUUGAGGUCUCUGCACCCAACGAUGAUGAGAAGAAGGAUGCGGACGCAGCCGCUUCUACAGAGGCCGAGACCAACGCCGCCGCCGAAACACCUGCUCAGCCGGAGGAUAAGGACAAAGAGGCCUCGGAGACUCCUGCCGAAUCAGCGCCGGAGCCGAAACCAGCAGCUGAUGAUGCGAAGCCUAAAGAAGAGCUCGACGCCAAUGCUGCCUCUGCCGAGGCCGAGAAAAGCGGUGAUUCCGAUUCCGACAGCGACAACGAAGAUGAUAAGCCAGUUGCUGAGGCGACACCAGAGUCCAAGCUUGAAGCACCAAAGGAGACCCCCUCAGAGGUCCCCGAUAGUUCCAAGGCCACAGAAGACUCGGACUCCGCGGAUGACGACGCUGAGAAGAACCAGCUCCCAGAAGCAUCAUCGAAGGCCGAGGCUGAAGAGGCUACUCCUGAAACCCCAGCAGAGACGACUGUACCUGCACCGUCCCCCGACUCGGAGAGUGACUCAGAGAGUGACGCUUCAGAGGACAGCCCUGCUGCUGACAAGGAGCCAGCCGCUGCAGCCGCAAAGGAGGAAUCCGCAGCUCCAACUGAGGAAGCUAAGCCAGAGCCCACAGCAGAAGAGACUCCCAGGCCUUCCGAGACCAAGCCAAAGGAGGAAGCAGAGGGAGAACCGGCUGCUACUGAAACCUCAUCUAAAGAGCCUGACGCCGAGAAGGCUCAGGAUCCCGAUAGCGAGGAUGACUCCGAUGACGAGGAAUCCCCCAAAGCUGUGGAGGAGAGAGCGACGCCCGUUGCCGAGGCCGAGAAAGAGACACCCGCCGAGGCCGAAAAGCCUGAUGCCAACCAAGCCAAGGACUCCGAUAGCGAUGAUGAAUCCGAUGACGAGGAACCUCCUCAGGCUGGAGACGAGAAAGCGACUCCUGCCCCCGAAGCCGAGAAAGAGACACCUGCUGAGGUCGAAAAGCCGGAUGCCGAAAAGGACCAAGAUUCUGAUAGCGAUGACGAAUCUGAUGAUGAGGAUCCUCCUAAGGCGGGAGACAACAAAGCGACCCUUGAGGCUGAGAAAGAGGCACCCGCUCCCGAGGCUGCGAAGCCAGAUGCCCAGAACGACGACGACUCUGAUAGUGACGACGAUUCUGACGACGGGGAUGCUUCUAAAGCCGGAAACGACAAGGCGGUUCCCGAGGCCGACAAAGUGAUAUCUACCUCUGAGGUUGAGAAAACGGCCCCUGCUCCUGACGUCGAGAACCCAGACACCGAUAAGGCGGAGGAUUCUGACAGUGACGACGAAUCAGACGACGAAUCCCCCCCUGAGGUUGACAACAAGAAAGCAACCACUGAGGCUGAAAAGGAGACGCCGACUUCUGAGACCGCCAAACCAGAUGCUGAGGCAGCCUCCGACUCCGACAGUGACGACGAAUCUGACAACGAGGCCCCCUCUAAAGUCGAAGAUGAGAAGGCAGCACCUGCUCCUGAGGCUACAGAAGCACCAGAAGAAAAGUCCGAGCCUGUAGCCGAGAAGGAGGCCGAGAGUGUUGCAGACAAGUCCGACAUAGACGAUGCCGGAUCGGAAGCCCCCGCAGAGAAGCCAGCCGAGGUGACUCCUGUUGAGGCCGAUGCUGAGAAAGUUGCUGAACCGGAGGCACCAGAAGAAAUCGCCAAGGACGAGGAUGAGGCCAAACAGCCUGCCGACGAAGCCAAGGAAGAGGCCUCGGCCGCCGAACCUGAAUCCGCAAAGCAACCAGACAGUUCUCCAGAGGUUGCACCUCAGGCCAGCGAUGAGAAGCCUGAGGACACUGCAACCAUAGUCGAGGAAGAGCCGGCGCCAGCUGCUGAGACUGCCGCUGCUGACAAGGAGCGCGAGUCACCAGAGGAGAAGCCCACCGAAGAACCCGCUACUGCAGAGGAGAAGCCCGCCGAAGAACCCGCUGUUGUAGAGGAGAAGCCAACAGAAGAGGCACCUGCGGCUGAGGAGAAGUCGGCCGAGGAGGCCCCUACUGCCGAAAAGGCCCCUGUCGUUGAAAAGGAGCCUGAACCGGCCGAGCAGCCUGCUGAAGAAGCUCCUGCCGCAGAGGCUCCGGCAGUGGAAGAGAAGUCAGCUGAAGAACCCGCCGCUGACACUGCUGCUGCCGAGGAGAAGUCUGCGGAAGAGAAGCCGGCUGAAGAGGCCCCCUCUGUUGACGAGAAGCCAGCCGAAGAACCUGCCGCUGAGGCUACUGCUACCGAUAAGGAGGAACCAGCAGAGAAGAAGCCUGCAGAGGAACCCGCUGUUGAGGCCACUGCCGAGGAGAAGCCCGCGGAAGAGAAGCCGUCUGAGGAGGCUCCUGCCGCGGAAACUCCCACAGCCGAUGAGAAGCCGGCUGAGGAGAAAGCAACUGAAGAACCUGCUACUGAGGCUGCUGCCACCGAGAAAGAGCCUGAACCGGCAGAGAAGCCAGCUGAAGAACCCGCUGCUGCUGAGGCUACUGCUGCUGAAGAGAAGCCUGAACCCGCUACUGAGGCUGUUGUUGAAGAGAAACCAGCUGAGGAGAAGCCAGCCGAAGAAACUCCCGCUGCUGAACCGGCAGAGAAGCCCGCAGAAGAGUCUCCUGCUGAGACCGCCGCUGAAGAGAAGCCAGCAGAAGAGGCUCCUGCCGCUGAGGUAACCGCUGAAGAGAAACCUGCCGAGGAGGCCCCCACCACUGAGGAGAAGCCCGCGGAGGAGAAGCCAGCUGAAGAACCCGCCGCAGAGGCUUCUGCUACCGAGAAGGAGCCCGAACCAGCGGAGGAGAAGGCCGUCGAAGAGGCACCUGUUGUUGUUGCCGCCGCUGCUGAGGAAAAGGCUACUGAAGAUUCUCCGGCUGCCGAAGAGAAACCUGCCGAGGAGGCACCCGCUGCUGUCGCCGACAAGGAGCCUGAACCGGCAGAGAAGCCAGCUGAAGAGGCUCCCGCUACUGAGACUGCUACUGAGGAGAAGUCAGCUGAAGAGCCUGCCGCCGAGGAGAAGCAGGCCGAGGAGAAGCCAACUGAAGAAGCUCCCGCUGCUGAACCAGCAGAGAAGCCAGCAGAGGAGGCUCCCGCUGCUGAGGCUGCUGCCGAGGCUGCUACCGAGGAGAAGCCAGUAGAGGAGAAGCCGGUCGAAGAGCCUGCUGCUGAGGAGAAGCCAGCUGAGGAGCAGCCAGUCGAAGAAGCUCCCGCUGCUGAACCGGAAGAGAAGCCAGCUGAGGAGGCCCCCGCUGCUGAGAAAGCGGAACCUGAAGAAGCGCCUUCAACUGACGACAAACCCGAGGAACAGGCCAUGCCCGCCGCCGUCGAGACAACUGAAGAAGCGCCCGCAGCUGAAUCUAAGCCAGAAGAAGAGGCCAAGGCAGCUGGAGAGGAACCCGCUGACGAAAACCCGGCUGCUGAAGCCAAACCAGAGGAGGAUUCCAAACCUGCUGACGACAAACCAGAGGAAGAAACUGCAGCACCCGAGGAGAAGCCCGACGAUGACGCUAAACCCGCCGAGGAAGCAUCCGCAGCCGAAGAAAAGCCCAGUGAGGAAGCACCUGCGGCUCCAGCCGAUGAGGCCAAGGAAGAGGCUGCGACUGAACAGCCCGCCGAGGAGGCUCCCGCAACGGAGGAGACAGCCAGAACUGCUCCCGAAGAACCACCAGCUGAAGAUGCGACAACUGCUCCAGCCGAAGACGCCAAACCGGCUGAAGAAGCACCUUCCACUGAUGAAAAACCAGCUGAUGACGUGAAGGCCCCUGAUGAAGAGGAGAAACCUGCCGAAGAGACUGUUGCACGCGCAGCAGAGACAGACGACAAGCCGGAAGAACAGGAACCUCCCGCACCAGAGGCAGAUGCCAAACCUGCUGAGGAAGCAUCCGCUGAAGAAGCACCUGCUCCAGAGCCUGAAGACGCCGCUACCAAGUCGCCCCCCGAGCCUGAGGAAGAACCAGCUCCCGAGCCUGAAGUAGAAAAGGCCGCCGAAGCCGAGAAGAAAGAUGACGAAAAAGCUAGAGCAGAGGCAGAGGCAGAGGCCAAGGCCAAGGAAGAAGAAGAGAGCAAAGAUACUCUUGGCCCGAUUCCAGGCGAAAAGAAGCAGGCGAAAAAAGGUGAGGAACGACAUUCAUUAAACGAUACCCCUUUUGAUUUUCCGCAACGUUUGGGACUCCCCGCUAUGGAGUUACAAGAAGAUAUGGAUCACGGAGUUUUGGAGUUACUUUCAGACGAUACCCAGGGACAGCGAGAAUUACCACCCAACGAGGAUGAUACAGCACUCACACCUAUCGCUCAUGAGUCGAGCCAGCCGCGGAUUGUUGAAGCGGCCGACGAGCGCGAUGAAGCCAGCGAGACGAAAUCGCUUGCUCCGUCUUGCACAGAAGAUGAUCAAACUAUCACAGAAAUCACGAUGCCAGGGUUACACGAGCCGAGUUCGGGCCAGAAUACGAACAUUGGGGUAGCGGAAGAUCCCACGCGUCCAGAGCCAAAGGCCGAGGUUCUGGGCGAUGUUGAGGAGCCGCUGGUGACGAGAGACACUCUGGGCCAAGAUGGUUCUCGUCAAGAUGGUGAGGAGACGACUGGGCAGGCUGAGGAGCAAGUUGCCAUAGAAACUUGUCCGGCAGCGAAGCUUACCCCAGAAAGUGGCGAUGACGCCAAGCAGCAGUUGCUGAAUGAGCCCUUAGAGACAGCGCCAGAAAGCCAAGAAGCGGCUGUCAAGGCUCCCGAGUAUAUCGUUCCAGUUGUCGCCAAAGAGCCAGACCCGGUCGCAGAAGCAGAUGGCGCCGAUCUGGCUGCCAGCCACGCCGUCUCAGAAGCCAAUGAUGGUGCUGAAGUCCCCGCACCUCAGAAUCAUGGUGCCACAGACCAAUCAACGGAAGCCCUGGAGAGAGAGACCGCCGAGGCUGGGGCUGAACCUGUAAACAUUUACAUGGAAUCACCAACCGCGCCUGAAGCACACGCCAAAGAGCCAGCCCAUGAUGCCCACGAUGGCAAUGCGCAGACUGACGGAAUGGACGCCAACUCACCAAUUCCCGUUGCCCAUGACUCGUCUGCAUCACAACUGGGCGACAGAGAGUCACCACUUGAGCAGCUCGAAACCCCAGCUGUGCUGACCUCUGACACCGAUGCAGAGACUCAGAUGCCCAAGACUGGUGUCUUUGACCUCGAAGUAGAGGGAGACGCGGCAAACUUCCCUGACGUCUCUCGCCCAUCUACAGCUGUUAGCAUGCAAACUGAAGAGGCUGAGAAAGCAGACUCAGAGGCGGAGGGGCCGGCAUCACUCCCUGAAACUGCCGGCCGACCUUCAAACCCCGUUGAUGUGGCUGCUGCAAAAUCCGGGACAACCGACGCUUCCGAUCCCGAAAUUAUCGACCGACAAGCGGUAUUACCGGAGGCUGCACAAGACUCGGACACUCCAGGUGUGGCCUCUGUAAGCGCCAAUGUUCCCGACUCGGAUUCGGAAGAGGAACAGCAGAUAACUGGCAAGGAGGAGGCUCAGGAUCCUGUCUCUCUUGGAGUUCGACUUGAAGAGGAGACAAAACCUGCCGAAAUUGGACCUCAAGUUGAGAGAACAGCAACUUUAGAACCAACACAGGAAGUGUCCAUGUUGGGGCUAUUGCAAGCUCUCCCUACCGCUGAUAUCACACUGCACGAGCCCAAAAUCCUCGACACUGAUUUCGAGAACGUACUGCAGACGCCGGGAGAGAUACCGCAAGACCGCGCAGUUUUGCAUCUGGAGCCUGAGAAGACCGAGGCUAUCGAUGAUGACUUCAAGCGAGGCUCCACAGAGCCUGAGUUGUCGCCGCCAGCCGUAGGGUCCCAAUUUGAAGAGCCCGUUGGGUUCGAUGACAAGCUAGAGGAAGGGCAGCAAACAACUGAAGAUUUAUCUCGCGAUGCCAAGGGCACAGACCAGGAGGUCCAGGAACCGCUGACCUCUGUGUCGAAGCUCGAGGAGAAGGAUGAUGACGCACUGCCACCGGUCGACGUUCUCUCGCGCUCUCCUUCUUCUCUAAGCGGCGCCGACGCGGAGGAACGGAGACACGUUGAACCAACGGAAGAAGCUUCCAUCCAGCAACCAGAGCACCUGGAGCCCAUUUCCCGGGCCAGUUCCCCAGAUAUGACGGUUGACGACACGGAGGGAGUGUCCCACCCCAAGAACCUACCGCACUCCCCGACAGCCUCAACAGUCUCUGAAGCCGACGAAGAUGUCCUUGGCACCAAAGAUGCCGAAGCAUUCGACCUCCAGCAGCAGACCAUUGCCUCCAGGCCUGCAUCACCUGAAAGCACCCCUGGAGACCGUAGGAUCUUAGACUUAGGCGCACAUGACGAUGACAAAUCUUCUCAUGAAGAUAGGUCGUCUCCAGUAGCCCAUACCGAGCUGGUGCCUGAAAGAGCUGAGAGUGAAGAGAAGGCUAGCCAACAAAACGAUGUCAUGCCUGAGCUUGAGAGAGCUGCAGCUUCUUCCGAAUCUGGGGAAUCGGAUUCUGAGUCGGAGAAUGACGAGCCACACAAAUCCGAGACUCGUGAUGCGGGAGUGCUGAGCCCUUCAAGCCCCGCGGAGCCGGUGAAUGAGCCCGUUGCCCCUUCACCCUACUUGUCAGGACCUGAAUCCGCCCUGGACAAGGCUCUCGCUCAAGAUAGCCUUGGCACUGAUGAUCUCACUGUUGGUGUGCAUUCUGAGUCAAUCCACUCCUCUAGAGCUUCUACUCCAGAUGCUGGCAUCGAAGGUGGCGUCGCUGGUGAUGGACAGGCCUCCGGCUCUGAGCCGCGCCUAACUUCUGUUCAUCUAUCAGACUCUUCUCCAGGCGAGGCUGAAGUAGCAGAUAUCGCUUCUCGAGCUGUUGAUGCACCUGCUGCUGAAACUGAGCCCUUGAGCCGCUCUAUCUCCCCUACGAGCAAUCAAGAACCUACUGCCCUGCCGAUUUCUGAAAGUGAAUAUCUGGGAGAUACUCAGACAGUCGAGGAUCUUGACGUGUCGGAGCUGAAAGAUCACGAAACAUCCAGAUCUCCAACCCCCGAUAUCGUCGCUCGGAUUGUAGAGCCCCAGGAACCUCUCCCAGCAACUGAUGAGCUUCACGACACUGAAUCGAGCCCGACACCGAAGACUUCCGCUGCUACUGGCAUUCCAGAGCUACCUUCUCAUGAGGAGGACUCUGAAGAGGAUGAUACUGGAGCUCCUGUGCCACCUGUUGCAUCCACGCAGGGUGACUUGAGUCAGGAGAAGGAUCAGCUUGACACUGUUGGAGAAGGGGCUCCGGUCCAGAAGGCCAUCGAUGUAACAGCGGCAGUUACCUCAAAAGAGGGAUCUGAUGUUGAAUCGCACGCAUCUGACUCUGAGCCUCCGUCACCAACCUCCAGGACUCUCCACGUCAUCAUUCCACAAGAUGCACGAGAGACCCCCCGACCUCGCCAGGCGAGUUCUCCAGAGCUCGAGCCAUCUUCUCGUACUCUUGAGGAUGAGGAGGUCGACGGUGGUUCCGAAUCGAGCGACGAGAUCCAAUCCCUUUUGCUCGAGCUCUUGGAGUCGGUUGCGGAUGGACCUGUUGACGAGGAUGAUUCCGACCACGAUGAGCAUGUGUCUGGGCCAGUUUCGCCAAAAACACCAGCUCGUGAUCUCCGAGAGAGGGCACUAGCUGGCGACGAGUCACCCUCACCUCUGUUCUAUCGCGAUUCGCCAGUCGCGAUGCUCAGCCCAGCCCAUUUUGAGCCCACAGGCGGCGUCGAGAGAAGAUCUCUGCUGGGCCUUGACGAGGCAGGAAGCCCGUCGAGGUCUUCAUCGCCCGACACCAUCAUUGAGGUGGCGCAUGAUCAGCCGGAUCUCUCAGAGGAGCCACCAACCGUCGAACCGUUAAGCCCUACAAAGACCAAAGGCGCCAUCGGUCCAGAUGUUGCUGGUCUUGACACGGCUGAUGGUGUUGCUCCAAGAGGCGCUCUCAGCGAGUCUGAAGACUCCGAUGAUGAAUCGGAUUUCGUUGUCCUUGGCCCAUCUGAUGCCCCGGCACCUGGGCUUCAGGGCCGCCAGGACUCCACAGAGAUGAGAGACAAGUCUCUACCUGCUCAUGCAGGAGCUGAGGCUAAUACCAAACCUGUGGAAGUGAUACCAUCUGAAGACGAAAGCGACUCUGAACACGAGCCUCAUACCGAAAGACCGCCUCAGACUCGAGAUCUCCCAUCAGCUGCUCCCUCGACCGGGGUGGAUGGUGUAGCACCGAUACCAGCACCAGCUGCUUUAGCACCUGAAGCUGUGUCCCAACCUUCUCAAGCUCAUGAACAUGAGUGGGACAGCAGCAGCUGCUCAGAGGACGAGGAAUACAACACUGCGGUUGAGGAUCCUUACCCAGAAAGCCGAUCUCUGCAUUCAAUGCAGCCUCAACAAGAUGUUGGUGAGCACAACACACUGCCCGGUGUCGAUACUCGUGAUAUGGAUGACGAUGAAGACUCGGAUCAGGAGCCAACCCCUGAGGCCAAGCCAAGAGAGGCGGCGGAGCUGCAGCCAAUAUCUCCAAGCUCCGAGGUUGCGACGGAACAUGAGGCAAAGCCAAUGGAGCUACUUCAAUCCGAAGCAUCCAAGCCGCCGAGGGUGGUGCAGAUCCCCCCGCGAGACAAGGGCAAAGCAGUCGAGAUUGCACGAGACAGCCCCAAGAGACCGAGCCCCGUCCGGUCAGGCCUCGGGGUAGGUGCAGCCGUAGCUUCUGGGCUUGCUGCCGCCCGAGAGGCAAAGGGCGAACGGGCCGUUGCAAGGCCCUCUCGCGCCGAGCCUCCCCGAACGUUCUUGACGCAGCAGCAACGGCCUCGAAGGUCGCUGAGGAUACGCCCUGGCACCGAGAUCUACACAAAGGACCCUAUCUUCAUGCCCGUUACCAGCCGGGUAUCUGAAGCCAGACCUGUGCCGCGACCCUUCCCUCUACAGGUUGAAGGCGAACCGUCUCGAACACCGGUGCGUCCUAUGCUCAGGCACCGUACUUUCGAGACCCAGGGCGAGUCAUCAAGAGCAGCAGCACACAGAGCCCAGAGGCCUCGCUCUCUCGACGCCAAGGGAGAAUCGCCCAGAGCUGCUGUACAGGUGGCCCCUAGGCCUCGCUCCCUCGAGAUCCAAGGCGCAUCCUCAAGAGCGGCCGCACCAGUAGCAACCAGACCUCGUUCUUUCCAGGCCGAAGGCGAGUCGACAAUGGCCCCUGUUCCUGUGCGGCCAGAGCUCAGGCAUCCUGCCACUACCAUCGAGGAGGGACUGAGGAGGAGAGAUGUUGCUCACUCAGGUCCCUCCUCACCUACCGAGCAUGAAAGCAUAAGGCCUCCAACCCCUGGCAUCGUGAUACCUGACACAGAUAUGAUCGACUUACAGCGAGCCCAUACACUUCGGCGGAAGCGCAAGAUGUCGAUCCAGCGAGCAGAGGACACUGUAGCUGCCGCGGUAGUCAUCUAUGCGGCCGCCGAGGCGCUGAGCCCUCCCAGCAGCCCCCCACCGCUGCUCAGGCAGCAUCAAGAAGAAGAAGAAGAAUAUGAUGAUGAUGCAUACCUACCUAAUCUGGAACAUCAGAUGACAGCGGAUCCCGAGAACUCCUACUUCCCAGUUUCUUCAUCACCACGGAGGAGCUUCGAGGAUGCGCUCGAGGAACUCUACACGUCCGAUGCUGACUGGUUUGCAGACGACAGGAGCAGAGAAUCUGACUCGUCGCGCAGCGAUAGAGACAGAGACAGACAUCACAGGCGCCGACGCUCGCACCGCUCGCACCACUCUAGCAGGAGCCGUGACGAGGAGGGCAAAGAACGCAGAUCGAGCCGUGGUGAGGACGAAAAGAGAGCCCACCGGUCUCGGGAUGAAGAUGAGGGUCGGCGCCGUCGCAGGUCUCAUCGGGAUCGGGAUGAAGAGGGUCGAUCUUAUCGCAGACACCGUGAUGACGAAGAACCACGAUCUCGUGGAUCACGCGGUGAAGGCGAGGCCAGGGUCCGGAGCUCACGAGGUGCUGAAGAGCCCAAGCCCCGUAGCUAUCGCCGGGAGGAGGAGCCAAGAUCGCGUGGUACCCGUGCUCCCGUCGAGGAGUCUUCCUCGCGUGCUCUGCCCCGUGAAGAGGAGCCGCGAGAGCGUACAAGGCGAUCAUCGCACGGUUCCCACUCUCACCGCCGUUACAGACCUGAUAGCGCCGGGUCAGGCACCCCGGGCACGCCUCCCAGAACUCCUAGGCGAGACAGUGGAUUCUCUGCCGAAGGCAGUUCUGGUAGCUCUGGCCGCAGACGCCGCACGCCUGAUGAACAGGCGGCCCACGACAAGCGAAAGGCGGAGCGGGCAGAGCGGCGCGCAAAGGAGAAGGAACCUGAGCGGAAGCGUGAGCCUUCACGCCUCCGAGAAGCCCCCAGGGAGGCCCAGGAGGCUAAGGAGGUCAAGGGCAAGGAACCAGAGGCCGAGCCGGAGCGGAGACAUCGUCGCUCGCGGAGACACAGCCACUCUGGGCGACCUCGGCCUGAUGACAUUAGGGACCGCCCCUCAACAGCAGAGCGAGAGGAGUCGGUUGCGCCUGCACCUGCGCCUAGGAGGAGGUUCUUCGGCAUCAAGACUUCAGAUAACCCGCCGCCUGCACGAGAGGAGCCUGCUGUGGCGGAACCAAUCAGAGAACGAGCGAAGGAGUCUCCUCCCGUUGAAGAAGCGCCCAAGCGGACGAGGUCCAAGUACAGACGUCCUCGGGAGUCGAUGGAUGAAGCACGCCCUCGGUCGCGUCGUACACGCGAUGAGCCAGCACCUGAAUCUCCCCGAGACCGAGAUGCCCGUCCAUCCAGGCACGUCAGGAUGGACACGGAGGACUCGCGACGCAAAGCUCGACAUGAGGAGCGGCGCAAGGCGCAAGCCAAGGAGGAGGAGAAGAAGAAGCCAGGAGGCAUCAAGGGUGCAUUCAAGAAGCUGUUUGGCAGCUAA